AUGGAUUUCAUCAAGACCAGUUCCCUGCGUGCUCUGAUUGAGUUAACUUUCCAACGCAACUGGAACGGCCUAAUUUGGAUGAGUAGAAAAGGAGUUACAACCAAAAGAGUGGAGACUGUCCAGACGGCUCUAUCGAGAAAGCAGCGCCCAACCGCGCAGUCCGGCUGGCCGAGGAACGCAUGUUCCGCGCUCGGCCAAAACUGUGUCCAUCCGUCUGAAGUCUCGGCCAAGUCCGAAACCACUCGGCCAAUCAUGCAUCACGACCCGGGAAACUUAAGCCCGCGGUCGGCCUCGCCACAACCGGCCACGCCACAGCUGCGCACGACCAAAGCGCGCGAGCUGGGGAGUAACGCCUCGCGUCCGGCCGAGAGAUUUCAUUGGCCAAACAUCUAUCCGCCCGACCAAGCCGGCCGACCGUGA